AUGGCGCAAGUGGUGAUUCUCCUGCUGCAGAACACGGUCACACUUUGCCAUGCGCAUCUGCGGCACAUUCUGAGGCGCAGAAGGGCUGCCCAGCUGAUUUUCCACAGCGAAAGAUUGGGUGCAGCUUCACGUAGGUCAACUAUGCGAGGGAUCCGUCUGCGGCAGCGAUGGUAUGUGCUGGCGGACACCAGAGAGCACAGAGACUGCUGGGUAUACCCCCGGAGCCAGGACUGGUGGGAGCGCAUAGCCCUGCGUGUAUGGGACGACACCCAUUGGAUUCAGUGUUUCCGGAUGACCAGGGGCACCUUCAAUGAGCUGGUGGAUGCCCUGAGGCCGACCCUGGCACGCCAGUCCACCAACAUGCGUGAGCCCGUGUCCGUGGAGAAGAGGGUGGCGGUGACGUUGUGGUGCCUUGCCACUGGGGCAUGCUACCGCGUUGCAGCGGAUCACUUCGGCCUGGGGCUGUCCACCGUUUCAGAUGCUGUGCUGGAGGUCUGCUUCGCAAUUGAGAAACAGCUACUCUCGAAGACAGUGUGUCUCGGGGACGAGGUCGGGAAGGUGAGUGAUGGCUGCAGGAGGGGCAGGCGGUUUGCGCAGGCUGGAACAAAGGUGGUUUGUGUUGUUCUCUGUGUACCCGAUGUUGCGCGACUGCGCAUUUCCAAUCAUGCGUGUUUCUGGUCUCUGUUUCAGAUAAUGGAUGGGUUUGCAGCGCUGGGGUUCCCUCAUUGUGUUGGGGCGAUUGAUGGCACUCACAUCCGCAUCGGUCAGCCCCGUGGGAAGCCGGACCAAUAUGGUAACCGAAAGAACUACUCCUCCAUCUUGCUGCAGGGUACAGUCGAUCACACCGGCCGUUUUGUCGAUGCAGAGGUGGGUUGGAGUGGCAAGAACCACGAUGCCUUCGUCUUCCGCAACUCGGCUCUCUGUGCUGCAAUGGACAAUGGGGCUUUUGUGCCUGGGAAUCCCUCCCUGACAGUGAAUGGUGUUUCAGUGCCACCGCUGAUGAUCUCGGAUGGUGCUUAUCCGAUGCGCCGGUGGUUGAUGAAGCCGUAUGGAAAAUUUGCUGUCACACCACAACAGAAAUACUUCGACCGCUGCCUGGCACGGGCCAGGAACCGGGUGGAAUGCAGUUUUGGUCGUCUGAAGGGACGCUGGCAGUGCCUCCUCCAUCGGCUGAAGGCCAGAGAGGAGAACGUGGUGACCAUUGUUACCGCGUGUGUGAUCCUGCACAACUUGUGCGAGGCCAAAGGACAUGCAGUGCUCGGGUCACUGACGGAUCCCACGCCCUUGACAAUGCCCGGGGAUGGACUGGAGUAUGGGGAGAACGACAGGGGGAUGCUUGAUGAGGGGAAGAGGGUUCGUGACGCGAUGGCAGAAUUCAUGUAUUCAAGAUGCGGACGGUGA